CUUUGGCCAAUAGAGAUCAUCUCUUUCGGUUGGAAGUGACACAGUCAUGACGUACUUUAUUUUUUAUGGUAGUUUACUUUAUGCCAUUGGAAUCGUGGAAAUUAGGGGACAAGAUGUUCUCUCAGCUUCAAAAGGCACUGAAUACUUGGAGUCAAUCUAUCAAACAAUUAACGUAACGACUUCUAAAGCCAUGGAGGGUAUUAGAGCUUCAGAUCUUGAGGCAGCAAUGGAGGACAUUAAAAACAAGGCGGAUGAAUACUUGAAUGAAAAAAGUGCCCAAGUUGAUAGUCAAGAAAUUGUGGAUUUAGUAGAUGAGGUCACAUCACAGUACAAUCAGGGAAUCAUUGUAUCCACUUUCCUGGAAGAUUCCCUGGUACAAGAAGGUCGAAAGGUUACCGCUGGGUUGUAUACUCUGAUCGAACUGUCCAGAAGAAUAAAAGAAGAAGACAAUGAGACGUUGAUCAACACUCAAGUGGCAGCGGUUAGAUACACAGCUGAUGCUCUGCAAGGAAUCGUCAUCACUGCUGAAGUGAUCUACAUCUACAAUAAGGAUAACCCAAACUACUCUUACGGUUCAAAGAAAAGUUGGGAUGUCACAGGAACCUUUGGAGAAACAAUAUUGCCAGUAUUUGGUCGUGCAAUGGAGUAUAAGCGACAGUAUUCAGCAGGUCUGGGCGUUGGCUACAAUAAUGGUAACUUCAACACUGAAGCUUCCUUUGGCUACAGCAAAGGUAACAUUAACGCCGGAGCCACCUUGGGUUACGGCAAAGAUGGUUUUAGCGCUGGAGGCUCCUUAGGUUACAGCAAUAAUGGUUUCAACGCUGGAGCCAAAUUGGGCUUUAACAACGGUGGUGCCAACGCUCAAGGUUUCUUGGGUUACAGCAAAAAUAACUUAGACGUCGGGGCAUCCUUUGGCUAUGGCAAUGGUGGAUUCAGCGCUGGAGCCUCAUUGAUCUACAGGUUUAAGUGAAACCCUUUAUCUACUACAUUAAAGUUUUUUUUUAAUAAAUUGUUUUUUUUUUCCGAACUAGAUAUUCAUGUAUAAAAACAUUGUCAUGCCAUGCUUUAGGUGUAUUCAAUUAUUUUUAUUCAGAAAAUGUAAUUAAAUGAUACUGGC